GGAUUUUAGAGUUGUGAUCUGGCAACCAGUGUGAUGUUGAGGGCAGUUCAGAACCGGGACGUGUGUGAUGCGUCCUGUACCGUCUGCACGCCAGAUCCGCGUGAGCAUGUGACAGGAUAAUUGAUGUAAAAUCACUCACGUCUGCAUAUGAAAGGUAAACCAUGAAGGCUAAGCUGUGGAGGUCGACACUGCUGUGCUUUUCGUUGUUGUUCCUUUCACACGAUGUCCGAAGUCAAAACCGAAAAAACCAAACGAACAACCUGAGCACAAAAGAUGAAAAGGCAGUUCUGGUGUGUGGGCUGGAGUUGGCCUUCCUCCUGGACAGCUCAGAGAGCGCUAUGUUGUACCGCUUUGAGAAGGAGAAGGAGUUUACGCGCUCGUUUGGUGCUCGGGUAAUGAAGAUGCAGGUCGACGGCUGGCACCUGAUGCCCCGCCUCGCCGCUCUUCAGUACAGCAGCGCCGUGGCCAUCGUGCAGAGAUUCUCUGACUGGCAAGGCCUGGAACGCUUCCGGGACAUUGUGGCCUCCAUGACAUACAUCGGGCAGGGCACGUACACAUCCUACGCCAUCGGGAACGCCACGGACCUCUUUGUACGUGAAACCGACAACAAGAACGUAAGAGUGAUACUGCUGAUGACCGAUGGCUCCGACCAUCCACGGAGUCCUGACAUCCUGGCUGCGACCUCGGAAGCCAAAGGUCACAACAUCAAGAUCUUCACCAUCAGCUUGUCAUUACGGAGCAACCACAAAAACGGCAAGCUACGAGCCAUGGCUAGCAGUCCGGCGCAGCAGUUUGUGCACGACCUCAACGAUGUAGGCCUCGAGGAGAAACUGCUUCAGGAGAUUAAAAAAAUAACCAGCAGUGAAUGUCCACAAGUGCAAGCGUGUGUGUGUGACAAAGGAGACAGAGGACCUCCAGGAAACCCUGGGGGAAAAGGAGAUCCAGGGACUGAAGGACUGCCAGGACAAAAAGGUGUAAAGGGAGACAUCGGACCUACAGGACCCCAGGGACCAGACGGGCCUGAGGGACGACCUGGGUACAAAGGUGAUAAGGGUGACAGAGGAGAAUGUGGAGCUCCUGGAUUAAAAGGAAAUAUGGGUGCCGAAGGACCUCCAGGGCCGAGAGGUCCCCGAGCAGAGCAGGGCCCCCAAGGGCCACCAGGGGAUGAAGGACCCGAAGGACAGGAAGGCCCGAAAGGAGAUCGUGGACUUCCUGGUGCGACCGGACCUCGAGGGGAUAUAGGUGUUGGAUUUCCCGGACCUAAGGGGGACAAGGGAAACCAGGGAAGACCAGGUCCUGUAGGUCCGAUGGGAAAAGGUGACCCAGGCCAACCUGGACCACCAGGAUUUCCAGGGCUUCAAGGGGUUCCUGGCUUCCCUGGACAGGGGAUAGUAGGGCCAAAGGGGGAUCAAGGAUAUAACGGUUCAACUGGAGCUCGUGGACCACCAGGUUUUGCCCCGAAGGGUGAAAAGGGGGAUGUUGGUCACCAUGGGCCUCCUGGUCCCAUAGGACCUGCUGGGAUGGGAACUCAAGGAGAAAAGGGGGACCAGGGUCCAAAAGGUCGACCUGGCCCCAGAGGGCUCCCAGGGAUAAGUCUCGCUGGUGAAAAGGGAGAUCGUGGCGACCCAGGACAACAUGGACAAAAAGGACAGAAAGGAAUUGGAGAGACAGGAGCCAAGGGUGAGCCUGGCUUUCAAGGUGUUCCAGGGGAGCCAGGUGCUCCAGGUGAAGACGGAGCAAGAGGACCAAAGGGUGAAACUGGUCUUCUUGGACCUAGAGGACCAGAGGGACCACCUGGUAAAGGUCUACCUGGAGAAAAGGGCGAGCUAGGAGAGAGAGGAGCAAGAGGACUACCAGGAGUCAUUGGACCAGUGGGUCCAAUAGGGAGAAAGGGAGAACCAGGAGGUCUGGGGCUUCCUGGGGUAACUGGACCUCCAGGAACAGGAGUACCUGGAAGUAAGGGGGACCCUGGGCCACCUGGACUUCCAGGACCUGCUGGAGAAAACGGAAUAGGUUUCCCAGGGCCAAAGGGUGAAAAAGGGAUUCCAGGACUUUUAGGACCACAAGGGCUGAAGGGAGAUGGCUAUUCUGGACCACCUGGUCCUCCAGGCACCCGGGGACUACCUGGAGAGUCCGGUCCAGUGGGGAUAGGCUUUCCUGGACCAAAGGGGGACCUAGGGUCUACAGGACCUCCAGGGCCAGUAGGGCCACCAGGAAUUGGACAUUUAGGCCAAAAGGGUUCCAUAGGUCAGACCGGCCCACCCGGCCCACAUGGGCCCCCAGGAGAGGGAAUCCAAGGCCCAAAGGGUGAGCCUGGAUUUCAAGGAUUGGUGGGACCAAGAGGAGCCCCAGGAGAGGGUUUACCGGGGCAAAAGGGGGACCGUGGAUUUUCAGGAGAACGGGGACGUAAAGGGGAUAAAGGAGGACAAGGGGAACCAGGACAAACAGGGCCAAAUGGAAGACCAGGCGAAAAAGGAGAACCCAGUCUUACUAGAGAAGAAGUUGUCAAAUUAAUUCAAUCCAUUUGUGGCUGUGGGGUGACUUGCAGAUUCAGCCCCUUGGACCUGGUUUUCGUGAUCGACAGCUCGGAGAGUGUGGGUCCCGAAAACUUCGAAAUCAUUAAAGACUUUGUGAACGGACUGAUUGACCGUGUUUCCGUCAGGCCCAACAUCACACAUGUUGGUAUUGUGCUGUACAGCCACAUGACUGCCGUGAUCAGUGAUCUUCAUCGACCCUUGAGCCGUGAUGAGGUGAAAUCUGCCGUACGCCGAAUGCCCUACAUGGGGGAGGGAACCUACACGGGAAGUGCCAUCCACAAGGCCAAUCAGCUGUUCCGCUCGGCCCGCCCUGGAGUUCGGAAAGUCGCUCUGGUGAUUACAGACGGCCAGGUGGACCAACGGGAUGUGGUUAAGCUGGAGGAUGCGGUCAGUGAUGCGCACACCAGCAACGUUGAGAUGUUCGUCAUCGGUGUGGUGAAUCAGAGUGAUCCGUUUUAUGAGAGCUUCAAGAGAGAGCUGGAGUCCAUCGCCUCUGACCCAGAUGAGGAGCACAUUCAUCUGAUUAGUGACUUCAGGACACUCACUGUAAUAGAGAGCAAGCUUCUGGUUAAACUCUGCGAGGGCAGUGACGGCUUGUUUAGGCAAACGCCCGGUCCCGAUCUCCUCCCGGUAACGCCCGGACCCAACAUCCCAAUCCGCAUACAGCAGCCAGGAGCAUCUGAGGGAACCUUAGACAGCACCACAGCUCCGUCCUUUAACAGAGAGAGUGGGAACAACCUGGAUGAUCCAUUGCACAUUGUGAGACCAGACCAACACACCACCACUGAGCCAAGCCUAAUACUGAUUCAGGAUGAAUUUAGUACAGGUGACGCCUGCCUGCAGCCGCUCGACCCCGGGCCGUGCCGCAGGUACAUAGUGAAAUGGUAUUACGAACCCAAGGCCAACUCCUGUGCUCAGUUUUGGUUCGGAGGUUGCCACGGCAACGGUAAUCGGUUCGACACGGAGAGCGCCUGCAAGAAAUCCUGCGUCAUAAACCAUCUGCCUCGCUGACCAUGAAGUAAUGAAGUGAAGAUUCAAGGUUAUAAAGCAAAGAGAUUUCCUGAAGCUGAGCUGUGGCGUGUUACAGGCAGGAAGGUUAAAGAGACGGAGGAACACGAAUACUACUUUCACGACAGCAGGCCUCAUUUAUCCAGUUCAUGAAAAAAAAGUAAAAAAAAAUUAAAUAAAUAAAAGCUUAUAUCUCUCAUGCGUUGGCGUAAAUCACUUACACGCUACUAUUAUUUCAAUACGAUUCGCCAUUCGAUUAAGACAGAAGUGACGGUGGAAAAGCUCGCAAUGCGUCUAUGGAAUAUUUAGCGUAAACCAUCGAGUCGUCAUUUUGUCUUGGGAGGUUUGUGGGCGUGGCUAAACAUUUACAAUUCAUCGAUAUUUUCACAGAAGUACGGAUGUUCGUAUGUUCAGAAAACAUUCGCACACGAGAUGAUAUAACGAGUGAUAAAUGAGACCCGCUGUGGGAACACUUACCUUAUCUUUAAAUAUACAUUCCUACACAUCGGUAUAAAGGUUUAUUUCCUUAUAUAUUUUGAAAACAAUUAACAAUCAUUUCAUCAAUGAGUCUCACUCUUUCCAUAGUUUAUUACGUGUGUCAUGUAAAAUACAAAAAAAUUAAAAUAAAUAAAUAAAUAAUAAUAGGGCAUCAGAAGUGUCGUAUAUACGAUACGUCUAUAUUUAAGGUGUUUCGGUUCGGAGCUGUAUUUCUCCGAAUGUUCAUGCUCAUAAUCUUGUUUCAUAGUAUUCUUAAGUACAAUAGUGUUUAAUUAACUCUAAUCGAGAAUCUUACAAAUUCCCGUCUAGCGUUAAAUUCACAAUAGUCUUUCCGCCAAUAAGCUUCAUGUCUCACGCGAGAAGGAUCAUCCUACUCCAUCGGUCAAACACCUUUAUACGGGACUCGGCGUGAAACACAGAGAUUAAAUUGUAAAAUCGAUUUUAAAAAAUCGGAAAUCGAUUCAGAAAAUAUUUAGGAAAAAAAUCUUGAUGAAACAAAAAUCGUGUUUUUUGGCUCGUAUGAAAUGAGAACGAGGUAAAAUCGAGUUGUUUUGUGGUAACAACUUUUUACUACAGAUUAUUAUGUACAAAUCCUUCGACACUGAAUCACAUCAAGCCCAUCAGGUUUUACAGCUACUUUAAUCAAGUGAACUUAUUAAUAAGCUGUGAAUGAAAUACAAUUGUCAAUAAAUGGUGCUGUUUUCUCUACUAUA